AAUAAUGUAGUGAAUAAUGGUUGUUCUAUAGAAGUUGAAGAGGUAUUAAAUGAAGUUUAUAAAUAUUUACAAAAAUUUGAUUUAUCUUCUAUAAAAUCAGAUGAUCCAAUAGCAUCUGAAAUUUUAGAUAUUUGUGAAGGAGUGGAUAAAGUGAUAGAUAAUUUAUCAAUAGAAACAAUGCAAAUUCUUGCAGAUAUUAAAAUAGAUGAUCUAGAAUUCUCAGAGGACAUAAAUAAUAUGUUAAAUGAAUUUAUUAAUAUAUAUAAUUUAUUAGAAUCUAACUUUGAUCCAGCUUUUGUUAAACCUAUUUCAUUUUCACAAAAUGAAAAAAAUUUAGAUAAGCGUAGAAUAUUAUUAACAAUAUUUGAUCUAUUAAAAGGAUUUUUAAGACCAUUGUUAGAUGAAAGAGAUAGACCUGAUUUGCAAGUUCUUUUAAUGCUCGAUUCUGAUGAGUGUGAAUUAGUAUUUACAGAGAUUUCACAAUUAGGUUCUCAUUCAAAUAAACAGAAUUACGAUUGGAAAAAAUUAAAUCGUUUAUGUAAAGAUGGAUUUGAUACAAGAAUAAGAGAAUUAUUUAAAGAAAAAAAUGUUGAAACUAAUGAAGCAAAAU